CGUGCGUCGUCUGCCAGAGGGUCGGUUGUUGCGAAUAGCAACGACGCUGCAGCUGGCGAGCAAGCCUUUAUGCUUCCACCUCUCCCUCGUUGGUGCUGCCACUGCACUGCGCUGUCCUGUCCUGUCCUGACCUGACCCGACCUGACCUGCUCGACCACCACCGCAACAUUUCUCGUCCAGGUCGACAGGUUGGGCAAGUGGAACACGCCGCCAGAGUAAGGUUGUCCGUCUUCCUACUCGCGAGAUCACCGAGGGACACACGGACCGGACUCCUGCACUGGCCUGGAACUGGACCUGGUCAGGCAUUAUAACCACUGCGUGCCGCUGGACUUGAACUCCGGACGACGACGACCACCACGACCGCGACCACCACCGCUCGCCCGCACGCCCGCACGCUCACUCGCUCUUCAUGCACCCGGCGUGAAGAACCACUCAACAGUCCAUCUCCCACCCUCGACGCUCCUUCCUUGGACAGACACCACCGACAAGCACGCGUUGGAAAGCGCAGCUACAGCAGCAGCCAUUGGUUUGGUACCUCGCUCCUCCACGCUCGACUUUUUCCACCAGCUGCAGCUCUCAUAUCCCAUUCUUCCUACCGACCGUACCGAUCGUACCUACCUACCGUACCUACAUCCUACCGACCGUACCUACCUUGCCCAUCCCGCCCAAACUCGAUCGACACACGCCCCACCCAUCCACCACGAAACCUACGCCCACAACACAUAUUCGACUUCACGCCUUCGCAGUGCCCUGCAUAUACCCGUAUACCGCUAUCCAGCAUGGAAUACUCAUCGCCGCUCGCGGCAAUGCGUCCGCAACCAGUGCCUGCAUGGGGAGGCCGGAAAGAUCUCUCAGGCAGCCGUUCGAUGUACCAUGGGUGCCAAACGCUUAGCCCCAACAGCUUCGACUUCAAUACCAUGAGCAUGCACAUGGCCCGUGAGAAGCCUCGCCGGCCAGACUACUUCUCUCUGCGUCCCGUGCGCGGUUCAUCUCCUACUGCGAGCCUCACUGCCGAUCUAGACGCCAACUUCCAUAUCGAUAAAAGCCCACAAGCUCCGACACCCCGUCGUUCAUUGUUCACGCAGGAUGUCUUCAGGCCCCGCCAACAUGCUCUUGCCACUCCACCGAUUGAGAUUGACCCUUCCACGACUCCACCCAUCAUCCCCUCGUCCUCGCCCUACUUUGAGUCCAUGGACAUCUCGCCAUUGCCACACAAAGCUCCUUGUUUCCAGCUCACCCUUCCUUCUCCCUCACCCGAGGCCACUCCCAGUGCAGAUACCGAUCUGUCCCCAGAUCUGUUGUCCCCCGAUCAAGUACCCGAACUAGCAGUGCUGCAGCCCCUCCCAGCUCCAGCCGUCCCCGACUUCCCAGAACGUCGAAGACCCGUCACACGCCCAGGACUCUCCCGAGCAAAAGGUCUCUCCACCACUCACAUUCCCCAGCGACCCACCACUGCUGAGACCCAACUACCGCCCUUUCGGUUCGGCAAUGUCGCACAAUCAGGCUUGUCAUGCUCGUCGACGCCCAGUCUAUUAGAGACCUCCACUGAGUCGCCGGUGGAUGACCCACGGCCGUCCGGCUUUGGUUCGAUGCUGCCGCCAUCGCGGAAAUCAUCUGUUAGCAACGCCAACCGCUGCAAUGGCUCACCGUCUGGUGGUCAUGUACGAAAGCCCUUGGCCGGACGGCCUGCGUUUGUACGCCCGCAGAGGAAGCUCAUCCGAAGAUCAUUAAGCAUGUUUCAACAUCCCGACGACAUCAUGAAAGAGGAGCAGGAUACCUUUGAGUCGCAGCCCAGUCUAUCGUCCGCCAUGGACAUUGAGCAGGACUCCACCCACAAGCUACCAUUCUUUGUGCCUGCCGACGAGCCCGAAAGCUUACCCAGAAUCUCUCAGCAGACCAUGCUCGAUGUCUUGGAUCAAAAGUAUGCGGACAAGUAUGAUCGUGUGUUGGUCGUCGAUUGUCGAUUUGAGUAUGAAUACGAAGGAGGUCACAUUGAGAGUGCAGUCAACUUCAACGACAAGCAACAUCUGGCCAACGAGCUCUUCGCUCAGAACGUGCCCUCCGCCAAUACCUUGCUCAUCUUCCACUGUGAGUACUCGGUGCACCGUGCACCCCUUACCGCAAAGUUUAUUCGCGGCCACGACCGGACUGUCAAUGCCGCCAACUAUCCCAACCUCACCUAUCCAGAGAUGUAUAUCCUUGAUGGUGGAUACAGCAAGUUCUUUACCGAGAACCCUUCCAAGUGCUUCCCACAGAAUUAUGUGGAGAUGAACGAUCAGCGCCACGAGAUGGCUUGUGAGCGUGGCAUGGCCAAGGUUAAGCAACAACCGCGCCAGAAGCUGUUCCGAAACCAAACCUUCGCGUUUGGUAGUACUUCCGAUGAUAUGGAAGACUCACCCACUGCGCUUGGACGCACCUUGGGAGCACGAUCGCAAAGCACCUUCAACGUCGGCACCGACAUUGCAGAAGGCAUCGGCAUGUCAUAUCAACGUCGCAUGGCCUCUUACUGAAGAAGCAGGAUGCAUUUGACGUCCCUGCAUUGUCUGAAUGCGAUUUCUGGGCCGCGACCUUUUUUUUUCUUUUUCUUUCGCGAGCCAACCUGUGGCGUUCAAGCGAGCCAGAUCAAUCUGGCUACCCUCUUACCGGCAAGGUGUUGGCGGCGACCAGUACUCGGAUUUCUCAGCAUGCGAUAUCGACCUUUCCGUCACCUUCUCUUCAGAUUAUGUUUUCUUACGAUCAAAGACCGCGGCACGUCGAUGAAGUGACCGUUGGCAAAGUGCAACGAUACCCAGCAUCCCACCAUUCCCGGCCUGAUUUCCCCAAGCCAUUGUCUUUCCUGCAACAACGAAACCUCUUUUCCAACAGCCCGGAACCAAUCACCAUCCGGAGCUUCCACGCAUCUUCAGACAGAGCGCAAAUUUGUCUACUUUCAAAUUUCUCACCAUUGAGAGGCAUCGACACACCAUUUCACCGCCAUCCAUCAGUGCGGGAUUGCAGAGAUCCACGCCUGACUUGCAUCACUGCACUUGCAACAGUUUUGAAACUUUAGCUUGUACAGAGCAUUAAGGAUUGGUCGCAUGGAGUUUCGGAAGAAACCCACCCGCUGUACCAACAAAUUGUACAUAGUAACCUCCAAGAACGCAAGGCGUUAUGUACAUUACCACCAUGUACCAAACCGAUUGGGAGCCAGGCACGACCUUCAUAGAAGAAGGGAGGCUUGUUGUACUAGGUACUUGUAUUGGCUGCUAAUGCAGCAGAAGUUGUGUGUGUGGGGGUGAAUUGGCAGUGUCUUUUGCCUUAAUGUCUCGAUCAAUCCAAUCAAUCCAUCUCGAAUUGAGCUAUUUUCUUUGAGAAGAAUAUCAC